AUGGCGUCAACCGGGAAAGGAAGAGGAAGAUCAAGAAAAGUCGCAGACUCAGGAAAUGCGGGUAGCGCUAGAAGUAGUCGAACAAGCUCUCGAUUAUCUGCCGUCAAACAACAAAUUUCCAAUCUUGAGCUUGAUGAACUUUCCUCUCCUGCACCUCAACCACAGGCCGAUUCAAAAAAUUCUAUGGUCAUUGCGGACAGCGAUGAUGACGGCUCUUUGUCGGAUCUUCCAUCUCCUUCCUUAAUUGGCGAAUAUUUAAGUGCAACCAAGACACAACAGAAAGGAAAAGGAAAACCCGCGGAAUCGCGUCAAUCUCUAUCCACAGUUUCAACCAGUAACGACUAUAAUGAUGGAAGUGACUAUUCUACUCCAGAGACAAGUGGUGUUGCAACUCCCGCUUCUGCAAAAGCUCCUGUCCGGCCUUCAAAUACAACUAGGUCUACACGAAGAGGUCGGGCUCAAACCAUAAAUCCAGUCCAAAGUGCUUCUUCCUUAAACGCAAUUGAUCGAGCUCGAGCACUUCAAAAUAGCAUGUACUCUCUCAAUCCCAAAAAAAGAAGAUACGUCGACUCUGAGGAUGACGAAGUCGACGACGACAAUACACCAGAUGCUCAACUUGCUCGCCAUCUUCAAGAACAAGAAUACAAGAAAUCAAGCAAACCAGUGGUAGCCGAAUCUUCAACUACCUUACGAAGAACUUCACGUAACGUCCAACCGAUCAACUUGACUUUUGAUGCGGAUUUUAGUGAGGACGAUGAAGAUGAUGAAUUUGUUAAUCGUAGGGUUUCACGUGUAUCGAAGAAGGCGAAAGUUGAGCCCAAGGUUGAAAUCCCCAGUAGUUUCAAUGCUGUCAGCUUUCCAACCCCAAAUCGAGGAAAGAGUACGCAAUACAAUGACUCAAAUGAUGAUGACGAUUUCAUGGUCAUUGAUUCAGAUUCGGAUGUGCCCAUAAAUUUAUCUUCUGCUCCACGAAGUUCAAUCAAGAAAGAAUCAAGCAAAGUUUCAAGGGCUAUUCACAGGCAUUCGGAAAGUUUCCAAAAUAGUCUCAAGUCAUCAUCAGCACGUAAAAGCACGACCAAACGAGAAAUCCAGCCACCCACCCCCAAACUCAAAACCGAGGACACCAUGGAAUCUAAUGCCAGUUCUACUCUGACAGAUCCCCCUUCUCCUGUGUCGGAUUCUGACACAUUCGACACAGACGAUGAUUCUAUGAUUGGAACUGAUACUUCUGAUGAUGAAGGUCCGAUUGUUACUGGUAUUCAGCCUGCAACUUCCCGUGUGCGUAAUUCGCGUCAGGCUCGUCAAAUUAUCAACAGCUUAGAAGACAGAAGUACCAGACGUAGCCGUAAGGAACGUCAACGGCUGGAGCAGCAACAUCCUGAGUUACACACAAUGUGGAAAGAAUUAGAGGAUCUACCAAAGAUUGGAGACUGCAAAAUCGAACAACCAACAAACAUCAAUCGUGAACUCAAACCUUUCCAACUUCAAGGCGUUGGAUGGAUGAGAGCAAUGGAAAAGACGGCUUGGGGCGGAGGUCUAUUAGGAGAUGAGAUGGGUAUGGGAAAGACAAUUCAAGCUGUAUCUUUGAUCAUGUCUGAUUUUCCCGCCAAGGAGCCUUCACUUGUUUUGAUACCACCUGUUGCGCUCAUGCAAUGGCAGCAAGAAAUUGCCGAUUAUACAGAUGGUACUUUGAAAACCUUUGUCUUUCAUGGUAGCAAUGCCAAAGCAAAAGGCAUCACCGUUCAGCAAUUGCAAAAGUAUAAUGUAAUUCUUAUGUCAUACAACAGUCUGGAGUCUAUGUAUCGAAAACAAGAGAAAGGCUUCAAGCGUAAGGAUGGAAUUCAUAAAGAGAAGAGUCCAAUCCAUCAAAUUAAGUUUCAUCGGGUCAUUCUUGACGAAGCACACAGUAUUAAGCAACGUACCUCUGGUUCUGCUAAAGCAUGCUUUGCUCUUAAGGCAAAUCACAAAUGGUGCUUGUCUGGAACACCUUUGCAAAAUCGCAUUGGUGAAUUCUUCUCACUCGUUCGAUUCCUCGAUAUUCGACCUUUCGCAUGUUAUUUUUGUAAACAAUGCCCUUGUUCGACUCUGGAGUGGGAUAUGAACAGUGAGAACCGCUGUACUGGUUGCAAUCACAGUGGUAUGCAACAUGUGUCCGUCUUCAACCAAGAACUACUCAAUCCUAUACAAAAGUUCGGUAACAAUGGCCCUGGAAAGGAAGCAUUCCGAAAGCUUCGAAUCUUGACUGAUAGAUUUAUGCUUCGCCGUGUCAAGCGGGAUCAUUCAUCUGCAAUGGAGCUUCCUGCAAAGGAAAUCUAUGUCGACAGACAAUUUUUCGGUGAAGAAGAGAAUGAUUUCGCUGGCAGUAUUAUGAAUAAUGGUGCUCGAAAGUUCGAAACAUAUGUUGCUCAAGGUGUCCUGCUUAAUAACUAUGCCAACAUCUUUGGUCUUAUCAUGCAGAUGCGUCAAGUUGCUGAUCAUCCUGAUCUGAUCUUGAAGAAGAAUGGUGAAGGUGGUCAAAAUAUUCUUGUUUGUUGUAUUUGUGAUGAGACUGCAGAGGAAGCUAUUAAAUCUGCUUGUCGUCAUGAUUUCUGUCGAGAAUGUGCCAAGAACUACUUGAGAUCUUCUGGAUCUCCUGAUUGUCCUCAAUGUCAUAUCCCGUUGGCCAUUGAUCUUGAACAACCAGAAAUCGAACAGGAUGAAGUACAAGUCAAAAAGUCCUCUAUCAUCAAUCGAAUCAAGAUGGAAAAUUGGACAUCAUCUUCAAAGAUUGAAGCUUUGGUUCAUGAUCUUUAUCAACUUCGAUCUAAAAACUCAUCCAGCAAGUCAAUUAUCUUUUCUCAAUUCACCACCAUGCUUCAGCUCGUCGAAUGGCGUCUUCGUCGUGCAGGUAUAACAACUGUCAUGCUUGAUGGUUCUAUGACGCCCGCUCAACGACAAGCUUCCAUCAAUCACUUCAUGACCGACGUCAAUGUUGAAUGUUUCCUCGUUUCCCUCAAAGCCGGUGGUGUCGCACUAAACCUUACUGAAGCCAACAGAGUCUUCAUUGUCGAUCCAUGGUGGAAUCCGGCUGCAGAGUGGCAAAGUGCUGAUAGAUGUCAUCGAAUUGGACAAGCUAGACCAUGCAGUAUCACUAGAUUAUGUAUUGAAGAUAGUGUGGAGAGUAGAAUGGUGUUGUUGCAGGAAAAGAAGGCAAAUAUGAUUCAUAGUACUAUUAAUGCUGAUGAGAGUGCGAUGGAGAAUUUAACGCCAGAGGAUAUGCAAUUUUUGUUUAGAGGAAAUUAG